GAUAGAGACAUUCCAGCCAACAAACAGACUGCUAUCACAGUACAACUAAGACAAAUGGAUAUUUGAGUUUCUGUCUUUAAGUACAUCAUACCAUACUCAACAAGUAAGCUUUAGAGGCUACUGUCAGUCACGCAAACCACCGACCCAGUUCGUUGUCCGCUUAUAGUUAUACCGAUCCGCAUCGCUUAACCGACGUCUUCCCAACCUGACCAAACCAAACCAAACCAAACCCAAACAAAACCCCUCCAUACAACAGAACUAGGGUUCUUCAUCUCUCCCCGUUUCCGCCCCGAGUUUCUUCAGUAAACUGAUUCCGAAACAAAGCCAUCAUGCCGCAAGGUGAUUACAUCGAGCUGCACAGGAAAAGGCAUGGCUACCGCCUCGACCAUUUCGAGCGGAAGCGCAAGAAGGAGGCUCGUGAGGUUCACAAGCACUCCGAACGGGCGCAGAAGUCGCUCGGUAUCAAGGGCAAGAUGAUUGCCAAGAAGAACUAUAAGGAGAAGGUUCAAAUGAAAAGAACAUUGAAAAUGCACGAGGAGUCAUCAUCUAGGCGUAAGGUUGAUGAUGAGGUUCAGGAAGGAGCUGUUCCUGCCUAUCUGCUGGAUCGUGAGAAUACAACUCGUGCAAAAAUUCUUAGCAAUACCAUCAAGCAGAAGAGGAAAGAGAAGGCAGGAAAGUGGGAAGUCCCUCUGCCAAAGGUGAGGCCUGUUGCAGAAGAUGAGAUGUUCAAAGUGCUUAGAUCAGGAAAAAGGAAGACCAAGCAAUGGAAAAGAAUGGUGACCAAGGCGACAUUCGUUGGACCGGGUUUCACAAGAAAGCCUCCAAAGUAUGAGCGUUUCAUCCGUCCAUCUGGAUUGCGUUUCACCAAGGCCCAUGUUACCCAUCCUGAGCUAAAAUGCACCUUCAAUCUCGAAAUCAUUGGGGUGAAGAAAAAUCCUAAUGGGCCCAUGUAUACAUCCCUUGGAGUCAUGACCAAGGGAACAAUCAUUGAGGUCAACGUGAGUGAAUUAGGUCUUGUUACACCAGGUGGCAAAGUUGUUUGGGGAAAAUAUGCCCAAGUGACUAAUAACCCUGAGAACGAUGGUUGUAUAAAUGCUGUUCUUCUGGUGUAAGAGAGGAUAUAAGAUACUAGCGAGUAGAUGAUGGUUGAUGCUGCACGAUUAAGGGAACUGUUGACGUUUUCCCUUUGCUGCGACUCUCGAGUGUGGAGUCCACUUUGUCUAUGUCUAUCAAGUGCAGUUUUCCUAACGCAGUUGCAGGCGGAGUUUGUAUCGACAAUGCAGUAUGCAGUUUUGCUGCCUUUUCAUUCUGAUGAUUCUUGAGCUUCCUGAAUCCUGAGUACUUGUGUAGUUGUGUUUCUUAUUUAUGUAAUCCGUCUCGACCCCAUUUUCUGAGCAACCUUGGGCAUGCAUGUUCAAAUAUGUACAGCAGUGGAAGGUGAAUCAAGAGGUCUCUUGUUG